UUUUCCCUUUGUGGGUUGGAGGUAAAGACGGAGUUCGGUCAGGGUCGGGCAGAGUUUGUUUCGUCCUUGGGAGCUGGAAGGAGGUUUGGGCUGCCGAGGAGGGUCAGAAGACGAUCGCCAUCGCCGAUGCUCGCGUCUCGGUUGUCGUUUGGAUGUGUGUUCCCAAUCGCUGCCUCUCUUGCCGCGCCUUGGCCAAUUUUCGCCGUUGGCCGUUGCCCCGCGCUGUCAAGGAGGCGUACCCUAGCUCCCGGCUUUGUUGUGAAGAGGAUUGGAGUGUGCAGUGUGAGGUGCCUCGGAGGUUGAGGAAGGUGGUGUGUUGUGACUUGCGUCUUUGCACCCUGGGGAUGGGGGAAUGAAGAGAUGUGACUCAGGAGUUGUGUUCCGUUGGCAAUUGCUGAAAUACGACAACAGAGGUGAAAGUGGAGAGGACACGGUCCUUUAAGGUGGGGAGAAGUGUGAGGGAGGGGGAAUGGACAGCGCGGUAUUAGAUGAUAUUAUAGUGCGGCUGCUCGAGGUACGGACUGGGCGGCCGGGCAAGCAAGUGCAGCUUUCGGAGGCCGAAAUCCGUCAGCUUUGUGUCGCGUCAAAGGAUAUAUUUUUGUCCCAGCCUAACCUUCUUGAGCUUGAGGCGCCAAUCAAGAUCUGUGGUGAUAUCCAUGGACAGUAUUCCGACCUCUUGAGACUGUUCGAAUAUGGUGGCUUUCCCCCCGAGGCAAAUUACUUGUUUUUAGGGGAUUAUGUGGACAGAGGGAAGCAGAGUCUAGAAACCAUCUGCCUCCUCUUGGCAUAUAAAAUCAAGUACCCAGAGAACUUCUUUUUGCUAAGAGGUAAUCAUGAAUGUGCAUCAAUCAACCGAAUAUACGGCUUCUACGAUGAAUGCAAACGCCGUUUCAACAUACGGUUGUGGAAGACGUUUACAGAUUGCUUCAACUGCUUGCCCGUGGCUGCCUUGAUUGAUGAAAAGAUUCUCUGCAUGCAUGGAGGCCUCUCUCCAGAGCUCAAGAACUUGGAUCAAAUUAAGAAGAUUGCACGGCCAACGGACGUGCCUGAUGCAGGCUUGUUGUGUGACCUUUUAUGGGCGGAUCCUGACAAAGAUGUAGCGAGCUGGGGAGAUAAUGACCGAGGAGUUUCCUACACAUUUGGUCCAGAUACGGUCUCUGAGUUUCUCCAAAAACAUGACUUGGAUCUUAUCUGCCGAGCCCAUCAAGUAGUGGAGGAUGGUUAUGAGUUUUUUGCUAAACGCCAGCUGGUCACUAUUUUCUCUGCACCAAAUUACUGUGGUGAAUUUGAUAAUGCGGGUGCGAUGAUGAGUGUGGAUGAUACUCUCAUGUGCUCGUUUCAGAUUUUGAAACCGGCAGAAAAGAAACAAAAGUUCGUCUCCUAUGGCAAUAAUGUAUCACGACCUAGAACACCGCCUCGGGCAGUCCAGGUCAGCAGAUUUUGAAGUAUGAGAAAUUCACUUGGCAAAGUUACCGAUUGUUUCGUAUAUCAUGGUACUAGAAUGAAAGUGCGUAUGUUCGAGGGAAACAUAAAUGUCUAGUAUGAAUGCAUGCAAUUGUGCAUUCAAUGACUUCAAGUAAAACUCUGAGAUUUGUGUUUCUGGUGAGAGGGUCAGGGAUAAUGCCAGAUGCUGGUCAUGAGUGAGGGAAAGAGAGUUAUUUACAGUUAAGCACCUUUGACGCGGAAGCCUUAUCCACUUGGGGCACCGUUCUGGGAUGGCAGCGACUGAGUGUGGACUUGCUCUGAGUGAACAGCCUUAUUAAGUAGGCUACCUAAGCAGGUUGCUGCGCUGCUGGAGUUUGUGGCUCGCAGGAAGUUGAGAAUGGUUUUUGUGACCCACACACACAUACACACACGCAUGCUUGCACGCAUUGCAGCGCAGGGCAGUGUAGUGCAAUGCAAACACAAAACAUAGUAGUUAUAGUCAUGACGGAAGCUGAAGCGGUGUUCUUCGGAGGGCGGUGUCCCACCUUAAUACGAUUGCGAAGGCAAGGGGGUUUGACAGGGUGGGAUUGGGGUUGUUGGGGCGUCAAAUUUCUCUUGGCGGUGAUCUGCACCAGAGCUGUUUUACCAAUCGUAGUUUAUGUACAUUAGGGAGCAUGAGUACCCCCUUUCAUGUCACUCGAUCUCAUUUUUCAUUUUAUUCAGGCUCAUGGCUUUAACGUGUUUUGCAGUUU